AUGAAAGUCGAUUUCCGUCAACUCAUGGUGGGCUAUAAAAGUGCCAAAAAUCUGCUUAAUGGCACACACAGCUUCAUAGUCCAUCGCCCAGAAAUGAUCUACGCAAUUCUAGUGCUCUGUCUGCUGGGCAGUUGUUGGCCAGCAAUGGCCCAACAAGGCCAGAAGGUGGAAAAGGAUUCGUUGGCCAAGGAUCAAAAUACCCGCUUGGCCGGCAUCUAUGUGAAGGAUGGCAACGAAAAUGGCCAGCUGAGAUUCCUGGCAUCGGGACUGACCAGUAGCAGCAGCUCCAGCUCUUCCAACUCCGGACUCAACUCGGCCCUGAAUCAGUACAUAACCAAUAAGCAGGAUAUGCUGGAGCAACUGCGUCCCACCUCGGACACCACAACAACGGGAGGUGUUACGGGGACAACAGGCACCGCGACCGGCACAACGACGUCGGGUUCCGGAAGUGAUCUGGUCACCACAACUUCCCAAGGCGCUAUCUACGUGCAUCUGGGCAACUCGGGAUCAUCUUCGUCUUCCUCCUCCUCGUCGUCCACCAAUGCGGCGAUCAACCAGGUGAUCUAUGGAUCCUCCCCAGUUGCCGGUCUCUUGCCCCAGAUCGUUGGCCAGGCGGUGUCCAGUCGAGUGCGUCCCGGUGGCCAGAACAACAGAAGGCGUGUCCCCGCCCGUAGGCGCCGGGUCAACAAGAGGCGUGGCAGCAUCAACAACAACCAGCGACGUCGCCGGCGUGGCAACAAGCGUGGCAAAAACAAGGCCCAGGUGAUGGUGGUUCGACCAAAUCGCGGUUGA